GCGUUCCCCGAUAUGACGACUUACCUCCAGGAGUGGUAGAGAAUAAAGUGCCUCCAGGGGUGGUACAAUAGUUAUGAGGUAGCUGCGUUGUGUCGUUGAUCAACACCGUCCUGGUCGGGAUGGCCCUGCUCUCGCUCAGCUGACGACUAGUCGACAUUUUUUUCGGCGCCUCUUCGGUGACAAUUUCGGCCGCUGCGGAAACUUGGGGUUGUUUUUAUCUCCCGACGGACGGUGGAAAUCCGGGCCGUUUCCCCCGCUCUCUUGUGUCUUUCCCAAGGCUUUCUUGUCGCUCCUCGCGUCCUCCCAGCCGUCAGCACCGUCCCCUCCCUCAGCAGAGCAGGAAGCACGACAAGCGGCGGCCGGAUGUGGCGUCAUGAGGCGCGGCCUCUACCUAAAUGUCCACUUCCUGGGAAAUAUUAAAUAUAACAAUUCCAUCCAUCAGGCAUUGUAAUGUAUUAUGGCAUAUAAAAAACGAGUAUGUAUUUUGUGACUAGAAUUAAUUAGUUAAAAGAUAUACAUCAUUGGAGCCCUUUAAAAGCGCUAUAUAAAAAUCAAAUUAUUAUCAUAUUAUACAUGUAGGCCUAUACGCCAACACAGUGAUUAUCAAACUGUGAGUACUACGUGUCAUAUACGAGCUAAUUUGUCGAGACAAAAUUAUAUUAGAGACAUGCUGUACCGCACAGUACAGCCUGUACGCAACUAAAGAACACCCUGAAAACAUUCUGCAGCACCAGGCACGCACACAUUUUUCUACGAUGAAAAUCUAACAUUCAUCCCAACUGUUGCAAAAGGUCCGAUAUGUGUACAACUUUGUUGCUUUGGUAUUCAUUUCGAGGAGAAGUCUGAAGACUUUUGCUGGCCACUACGUUUUCAAGAGUUGACCAUCUUCACUUUUUUCCCUAUGUAGUCCUAGUGUAGGUUUUACUUAUGUUUUCGGUUUUUAGAAAUGUAUCCGGUUCUGAGGAGUUUUAAAAUGUCAACAAUGACUUAAGUUAAGUUAAGUUAUGUGUGUGUAACAAUAAAAAUAUACUAUUUUUAGUAUACUGUACCGUAUGAAAUAUCUUCCAUUGCUUUUUCUCGACUACAGUGCUCGUCUCCCACACUCCCUGAAUGUCUCAUCGUCGAUAUGCGCAUGCGCUCUUUCUUCCGCCUUGUGUUCCGUCUCACCAACUUGACUCUUCUUUCCGCCACCAUCCCUCAUCAGAACCAGCAUUUAAUCAUGAGCUUCACCGUGGAAGAGAGGGGGAUCCCGAACUCCCUGAGCUAUCGCCUGUUCUUCAAAAAUUCCGAGGGGAAGUACAUCUCACCGUUCCACGACAUACCGAUAUAUGCCAAUGGGGGACAGAACCUCUUUCACAUGGUUGUCGAAGUACCAAGAUGGACAAACGCAAAGAUGGAGAUUGCCACCAAAGACCUCCUGAACCCGAUAAAACAAGACGUGAAGAAGGGAAAGCUGCGUUACGUCGCCAAUGUUUUCCCCCAUAAGGGCUACAUCUGGAACUACGGAGCCAUUCCUCAGACGUGGGAAGAUCCAGGGCACAAAGAUAGAGACACCGGCUGCUGUGGGGACAACGACCCCAUUGAUGUGUGUGAAAUCGGCUCAAAGGUGUGUUCCCGCGGAGACGUGAUCAAAGUGAAGGUGCUUGGCGUCCUGGCUAUGAUUGACGAGGGCGAGACCGACUGGAAAGUGAUUGCAAUCAACGCUGAUGACCCCGAAGCCAAUGAGCUCAACAACAUCAGUGACGUCCAGCGACUGAAGCCUGGCUAUCUGGAGGCCACGGUCGACUGGUUCAAGAGGUACAAAGUGCCAGAUGGGAAACCAGAGAACCAAUUUGCUUUCAAUGAGGAGUUCAAGGACAAGGACUUUGCCAUUGAAGUGAUCAAGAGCACUCACAACUUCUGGAAAGCUCUGAUUUGCCAGCAGACGGAUGGCGGUGAACUCAACUGCAAAAACACCUGCAUCUCGCCCAGCGAAAGCCCCUUUUGCUGCACGGUGGAAGAGGCUAAAGGCGCUGUUGGUGCUACAUGCCCGUGUGGAAAAGAGGAGCCCAUUUCAUCAUCAGUAGAUAAGUGGUUCUACUACGAGAAGAAGUAAUCCGCUGGCUGCUUGGAUUGACGCAAAGUGAAUGCUUCAUCUGUCGUAGGCAUACUUGAAGAUGACUUAACAAUAGGAAAUGGUGCAGGAACGAGACAUUCAUGAGGAGGGUAGUGAGUAGAGGUGACGCCGAAAAGGAAAAUAAGAAUACUGACAUCUUAACCCAUUAAUUGUUUUGCGUUAUUUAUCAAAGCUGACACAGGUACAACGCCUAUUAAAAUAUGCGUGCCAUGUAAGAUACACUGAACUGCUUUAAUAAAGCUUGUCUGGGUAAAUUA